UUUCGUUGGGACGCUGGGGUUUGCCAUGGAGAAGCGGAAGAGAGGAAAUAGACGGGUUCCGGUGACGACGGUCAGCGACUUGCCGAUUCCGAUCUUGAUGGACAUUUUCUCAAGACUUCCUGUAAGGACGGUCUUUAUCUGCAGGUGCGUUUCCAAAACGUGGCUUAACGUCGUCUCUGUCCCUGAGCUCCGUCAAAUGACCGGCAGCAUUUGCCCUUUGCUUCGUACCCUUAACCCAAAACGGCGCUUCAGAGCCCUCUACAUGGUUCCUAUGGACACGGCUGGUGAUCUUGAUGAGAAACACAACCUCCUCAACACGAAGCUCUUCUAGAGGUUUUCAGAUUUCCCACUCGCGGUAAAUUCGGUGUAGUCGAUUCAUGCAAUGGAUUGCUUUGUCUACGGACACCCAAAUAUGAUGAUCCUGUCAUGGUAUGCAAUCCUGUCA